CAACAUCCCAUCAACUUUUAUAGAAGCUAGAAAGAAACAUCAUCAGCAACUACUCACUACUUUCUUGAUCCUCUUAUUAUAAAAACCUCACUCUCAAGAUUUUGUUAGGUAUUACUCUGAAAAAUCUAUAAAAUCAAAUUGUUCUUUCCUUGUUUUGAUUGUACAAUAUUUUUUAGAUUAAAAAAAAAAAAAAAAAAAAAAAAAAAGGAAGAUGGAUUUGGACUUUUGGAGUGUAAGAGUAAACUCAGCCAAGAACUUUUCUGCUGUCCAAUCUACCAAUUUACGCAAUUCUGAUUCUCACUUGAAUGGGGAUAAUGAAGCAGCAGAAGAUGUUAGGGCUCGGUUGCCUUGUCCUUUCUGUUACGUCGAAAUUGAAGUGUCAACGCUUUGCAGCCAUUUGCAAGACGAGCAUUGUUUUGACUUAAAAAACGCGGUCUGUCCCAUAUGUGCUGCAACUUUGGGGAAGGAUCCUACUGGACAUUUUUAUGUGCAACAUGCACAAUCAGUAAAGAGGAAGAAAAAUUACCUAAAUCCUGGCUUCUGGAAUAAUGCUGCAGCUACGAUCGGAAAGGAUCCUCGGGAAAUAACUUCUUUUGUUGGCACAAAUUCAGCAUUUGGUUGGUACAAGGGGCAAGAACUUGCUAGUGAUCCACUUCUAUUGCCAUUUCUCUGCAAUGUCCCUCCUUCUGAUCAUAAAUGCAGGCAGCAAGAUAAGUCUUCCGUUUGUGACACGGCUACAACUGAAAUGGAAAGGGAACCCGUGGCCGCUACCCUUCGGGUGCGCACAGGGUAAACCCCGCUUCUGUGCAAUAGCUCGCAAACCACACAGAAGAGAUAACCCGCACUAGGCAAGCCCCGUGCGACGAGCUCGACCUAGAAGGCAAAUCCCCUGCUUUUUGUAGGCAGGGGUUUUCGAACCUGAGACUUCCAUUAUGGAAGCCCCGUGCUCAACCAACUGAGCCACCCAUGCAGUUGAAAAUUUAUCACGGAUCAUACGGAUAAAUGUCCAAAAGUUCGAUAUUAUUCAUCAGGGCAGCAAGGAUGAGCCUAUUGUUGCAGCAAUAGAUGAACUAGGGGUUGGCCAUGAAACACAAAGGCCGUUUAAAAUAGAAGAAGAUAAUUCUGCUUCAAAAAUUUAAAUGUGUUACAAUAUUGGCGUCUAAUAGAUCUGAUAAUCUCUAGUAUGUUGAUUUUUGAAAUGUUUAGCUGAUCCUUGCAGAUGGAUACAUAAUGGUGAAUGGUUCUUUUGUUUUACAUAAGUAGAAACCUCUCUACAUUUUAGGA